UGCCCACCAAAUAGACAUAGGAUGGUGAGAUCAGCGAAUCUGUACAUACUAGCUACUACCAUAUUGUCCCGGCGACCUACACCAUCUUAUCAAGCCGAAAUCAUCACACCAGGCUGCCACAGGAGUAAGAUAUCACCGAUGAAGUAACCAACCACAACACCACCAUCAAAAUGCCCUCCAAAAUGGCAUCAUCAUCAUCAUCAUCAUCAUCAUCCUUCUUCCAAUCCCCCACCCUAGUCUACACCUCCGCCAUAGCUCUCCGCGCCAUCCUCUUCAUCUACGGCGCCUGGCAAGACGCCAACUCCGCCGUCAAAUACACCGACAUCGACUACCUCGUCUUCACCGACGCAGCCCGCUACGUCUCGCACGGCGCCUCGCCUUACGAAAGAGACACUUAUCGCUACACGCCACUCCUAGCAUGGAUGCUCCUCCCGACCUCCUGGUCCGGCCCAUCUCUCCUCUUCUCCUUUGGAAAAGCCCUCUUCGCCCUCUCCGACGUUCUCGCCGGAUGGCUCAUCGCUAGAUCCCUCGUCUCCGCGUACGGAAUGGACGCUCCUCGCGCCUUGAAGUACGCUAGUUUCUGGCUUCUGAACCCCAUGGUCGCCAACAUUAGCACCAGGGGUUCCUCUGAGGGUCUGCUCGGUGUGCUGGUCAUUGCUCUGCUGUGGGCGGUUCUCCGCAGGAGGGUCGUGCUGGCGGGUGUGUUGCUGGGACUGAGUGUGCAUUUUAAGAUCUACCCGUUCAUUUACGGAGUGUCAAUUAUUUGGUGGUUGGAUCGGGAACAAGACGGCAGCAGCAGCAGCACGUCUAAAACCACCGCUGGAAGCAAAGAUACCAGCAUCCUCACCAAGUUGAUCAACUUCAUCACUCCCCCCCGCAUCAUCCUCACCCUGACCUCCCUCAUCACCUUCACUGCCCUCAAUCUCCUCAUGUACUCACUUUACGACACCCCCUUCCUGCAACAUACCUUCCUCCACCAUCUCACGCGCAUCGACCACCGCCAUAACUUCUCCCCCUACAGUACCCUCCUCUACCUCUCUGCUGCAGGCGAGGUACAGGGGAACUUUGAGUCGUUGGCGUUUAUCCCGCAGUUACUUCUCUCUGUUGUGGUUAUCCCGCUUGUCCUGGCGAAGAAGAGUCUCCCCGGGGCAAUGCUCGCGCAGACGUUUGCGUUUGUUACUUUCAAUAAGGUUUGUACGAGUCAGUAUUUCCUCUGGUACCUCAUCUUCCUCCCCUUCUAUCUACCGGGGUCUUCGUUGCUGAAGGCUCCGCGGUUUGGGGGGGUUGUGGCGGUUGCGUGGGUUGUUGGGCAGGCACUAUGGCUACAACAAGGAUAUAAUCUUGAGUUUCUGGGGUUGAGUAGUUUCAUGCCCGGGUUGUUUUUGGCUUCAUUGGGGUUCUUUGCGGUUAAUGUUUGGAUUCUGGGGGUUAUUGUUGAGGAUGUGGGGGCUUCUUCUUCUUCUUAGUUUCGUGGUUUUUGUUUCUUUCUUUCUUUGAGGUAUGGAUUAUGUAGGUUUAGGGGCUGUAGUGUGGUGUGGUUAUGGGAGACGGGGGGUAUGAUGUAAUUACUUAUGGGAGAUAGAUGGGAGAGGUAUGUGUAUGCUGAGUGUAGUGG